AGAACGUCGAUCGAUACCUAUACUUCUCCUGUCGCUCAAUUGAACGCGUUUGGAAAGAAAUGCAGCAAAAUGCUGCCGAUUUACCGAAGGUGACAGUCGUAUCGUCGUCGGUUCCAAUAGACCAUUCUCAGGCCCUCCACAUUCUGUCACAGUUUCUGCAGAGCGAGAAUGUAAAAUUACAAGAGGAUGCACAGAUAGAAAAUCACUGGGACGAUCUUGUAGAAAUCGCCGAGUCCCUGGCGGCUACCGAAGACGAGACCGCAAAAGUCAACGAGAUUCGAAUCAGUGGAAAAUCGUCGGGAGCGGAACAAGGCGAGGACGAUGAUGGCGUGCAUUCCGCGCAAGAAGUGACCCGCGAAGCGAAGCUAAGUCCUGUACCGACACAAGCAAGUGCUGGAAUGGAAGGAAAAGCUCGUAAAAAGGCAGAGAAGGAAGCAAAAAAGGCGGCCAAGAAGGAAAAGAAGUUGGCCAAGAAACUGAAAAAGGAAGUCAAAAAGGCGAAGAAAGAGAAGAAGAGAAAGCGCGAGAACUAGUUGACAUUUCAAUUACCUAUCCAAGUCGAAGCACCAUAUCGCUGAAAAGAGAAUUUUUUUUGACAAAACGUCUUGUUCCUUUACCAAUUUGAUAGGGAGUGUCUAUCCCUCUGACCCCAUGCCCCUCCAAACUGAUCCCGAAAUUCCCCGAUACACGUAAAAGUAUGUUCAGAGUUGAUCGUAGCUGCACGUGCUGAU